UCCCUGACAGACAAAACUCAGGAAUAAAUUAAUACCACACCAUCGUAGAAGAGAGGAGGGUAAACACAAGUCAGCUGCUGCGAACUCCCCCAGAGCAUUUUACACAAGAGUUUAGCUUUGACAGCUCGUUAUUCUGUCGCUUACAUCUGGAGAAAUCAUGUUUCAGAACUUCAAAGAAAGGUUUCACAUGGUGCAGCAGGAUUUCACGACGAGCUUCAAGACCCUUGGUGACAAAUCAAGAGAUACAAAAAUAAGGAGGAGAACACGGUUUGAAGAAAACUGGCCUCAUUUCACUGCUGGGCUGGAACUACUGAGCAGGUAUGAGGACAGUUGGUUUCUGCUCCACAAAAGAUCUAAAGACUGUGCUCAGGACGCACAGGCAGUAGAUGGCGACAUAGUGAUGCUCUCAGCUCAGUGGGAGAGAAGAAGAAUAGUUCUGACACAACUACAGGAGCAACUACAGAGUUUACCGGCCUUCAUCAGUGAGCUCGAUGCCAUCACUGCUAACAUAGCUCAUUUGGAAGGAGAUUUUGAGGAGAUGGAGAGCAGACUGGCGUACCUGGAGACUCUGUGCGCUCAGUGUGAACAGCAGACAGUCAAACAACAUCACAUGAGCCAACUGGACGUCUACAAGAAAAAGAAGAAGAGGGAAGUGGAGCUUCUGGAAGCGGAGCUGAGUUCUGAGCAUGCUCAGAAGGUUGCAGAGCUGGAGCAGGCCAUGCAGCAAAAACUAAGAGAACGCCAGAAAAUCUACGAAGAGGCCUUUCACCAAGAUAUGGAACAGUACCUCUCCACCGGGUAUCUACAGCACAGACAACCAGCAGGAGAAGAUACGAGUGUCCUGGAUCAGGUGGCAGUAACGAACAUAUCAGACCAGGAGGCUUUGGAUGAUUUCCUCAACUCCACCGGUGACGACAUCAGUACUGAAUCAUCACUGACUGCAGGUCCAGACCAGCCCGACUCUUCAGAAUCGUGGAGCCAAAUCUCUCCCACCAGCAACCAACCGUCAAGCCAGGACGCAGCGUGGCAGCAAGAGGACGAGGAGGAGGAGGUGGAGGAAGAGGCCGGCGAGGAGAGUGACGAGCCCCUGGUGCAACUGGACGAGGAGGACGUCCAGCCGGACAUGUCGCUGGUCGCCCUGCAGGACGUUGGCGCAGUCAGGGGCUCUGAUGAAAGCGACUCCUCAGGGGACCUUCCUUCUGUGUCGCCCAGCGACCGCACCCAUGACGCACCUUGAAAACUGCAUGGUUUACUAUUUUUACCUCUUAACAGCACUGACUUUAUACAGCACAGCGUAGCAUUAGCAGCUCUUAAACGUAUAAGCCUGAUAAGACGGUUUUGUUUUGCUGUGUCAAAGAGGCCCGACAUUGUCCUGAAAGUAUUUGAUCUGAAACAUCUGUGAUGCACUUAUUUUUAUCUUUUAUUAUACCAGUUUCUACGGAAAUAGCAGAAUGCCUCAUCUACUGUACAGUAUAUCAGCUUAGGCAAGUCAGAAAAUAUUCCAACAUAGGAUUUAUUGUUGAUAGGAAAACUAGACGGGACAUGAAGCUGAUCCUUAACAUUCCUGUUUUCCUUUUUUUUUUUUUUUUUUUUUCUUCACUGCCUGAUGUUUGUGUCCUUAGGCAUCGUAAUAUGAAUAUGUAAAUCAUUGCCUCUUCAGGUCUCACAUUGUGUCUAAUGUGAAAUUUAGAUUUUGGCCGUUUUAUAGCUUUAGUUCACCGAUCAGGCAUAACAUUAUGACCACCAGUGAAUUUGGAGGCCAGGUCAACACCUUUUUUUUGUUUUGUUUUGUUUUUGUUUUUUGAGUUGUUCCUCAGACAUUUUUAUGUGUGUGUGCUUAUGUUGGGGGUGGCUCCUGCCAACAAGGGGUGUCAUUGCUAUGUUGUGGGGGUGCCUGGUCUGGUCUGGUCUGGUCUGGUCUGGUCUAGGUGUGUGCUACAUGUCUAAGUAACAUCCACGCGAAUGAAUUCCAGGUCCAAAACGAAACAAAUUCCAUGACAAGACGGUCAAUGUUAUUUACUUCUCCUUCCAGUGGUUUUAAUGUUAUGGCUGAUCAGUGUAUGUGCCUAGAUGCUCUACCUUGAUCACACAUGGUUGAAAUGCUUGACUAAUGAAGAACGAUGCACCCAGAGCUAAAAUGUCAGGAGGAGUGCGUCGCUGAUCAAGUCUCUUAACGUACACACAGAGAAACAUUGAUGCUAACAACUGUAAUGACGCGAGAGGCUGCGUGCAACAUUGUGAAGUGCUUCUGUAUGAGUUUUAGUUCAAUUCAUUUUUAUUUAUAUCGUGCCAUUCGCAUUUAACAUGAUCUCGAAACAAUAAAGUGAGAAUGUGUCUGACAUGAGUUCAAAUGCAAACAGAGAUGUUGAAAUGUUUGUUGUGGCUACAGAGGGAGAAAAGUCAUCGGUUAAGUUUUUCCUCAUGGAGGACACAUUCUUUUAAAUUGAAGGUAAAUUCUUAAGACCCGGACCAAAAGCUAAUGUUGGGGAGGACGUGUGGGAUUACAGGGAAGUCUAAUAAACUGUAUCCAGUGCAAAAAAAUAAAAAAUAAAAAUAAAAAACA